UAAUGUCACUCAGUGCAAAAAAUGUAGGACAGAAUUUGCAGCAAAUGCUAGCUACACCGUUCUAAGUCACUCAAUGGCACGCUAUUCCAGAAUUGCUUUGAUGCAGAUCGCGGCGCCGUACGUGAAUGGAAUCUUGUAAAUAGGCUACCCUUCUUCAAAACAAAUGAUGGUACAUAGUGUAGCUUCGUAGCAUUUACUAGGAGGACUUGGGAACUGCAGUUCACUAUCGCAAUGUCGGUUAUUUUUGUGGAGGUGUGGCAGUCGUUGCCAUGACAGCAUAUAGUUGGCAAACUCCCUUGUUGCCAUUGAUUAUUGGCAGUACACAUUCAAACGCUGUCUUUCGCUUGUUUUGGAAUGAAAAGAACUGCAGUGACACCGACCGUUUUGUUGAAUGACGCAUCAUGUUGCUGGUGGUAAUGGAAGGACGGGGAACAUUCUAAAAAGUAGCCCGCACUCUUCGUGUUUGGACCACGUAUUCAGGCAUGUAAUCUUUCCCGACUCAAUACAGUGUUGCCAGGACACCAAGGGAGGGAGAGCUUUAGGCUACAGUAGGCUAAGGGCUAUGAGUGUGAAACUGCACACACCCAAUUCUACAAAUAUCCACAGUCUUGUUCAAAACUAAAUACAAUGGGGACAUCUGGAACUGAUGCAGUCGAAUUCUCAGGGGAAGAGGAGGAAGAAGAGGAGGAAUACUAUGAAUUUGAGCAUCUACCUGCACUCCUUGAAGAUGAGGAGAACGUGUCCCUGGCAGAUAUCCUGUCGUUGCGGGACACCUGUCUGACGGAGCAGGAGGUGUGGGCGGUGUGUGUGGAGUGUGUCCUGGCCUUGCAGAGUAUCGCCCCAUCGCCCCUCUUCCACACCCUGUGCAUCACACCCGACACCCUGGCGUUCAACGCCCAUGGCAAUGUGUGCUUUAUGGAGCAACUCAGUGAUGAUCCUGAGGGAUCGUUUAUACCUCCAGAGUUUGACAAGACUGGCAGUACCUUUGAGGGACACGUGUACUCUCUAGGUUCCACCCUCUCUGCUGCGCUAGACUUUGUCAUUGAGCCAGAACUGGAGGCAGAGCUGGGGGAGGAGAUUCAGAGACUGCUGGAGCAGAUGCAGGAGGAGGGGCCGGAGGACAGGCCACACCCCCAGGACGUCCUAUCCCUUGCAGAGGAAAAGCUAGAACAUACCUCUUCCACAGUCCUGUGCCGGAAACUCUCUUCUAUAGGAAGAAGAGUCCUGUCAAUCGAAUCCGUUGCAACAUUUCAAGAUGGGUGGGAUGGCUCUUGGGAGGCUCGAUGGCAGCAGCCCAAACCCAACUGGCAGCUCCACAAGAGCAUCAGCUCUGAGGACAGUAGCUUCAAAGACCAGUGCAUUGUCUCAGACACCACGGCUGAGAAUCCAGACCCAAACGAUCCCAAUGUAACUCUCCGGCAUCACGUAUGUGGGGCCUGGGACUCCACCCUGUGGGCUGAUGGUAUGGGGGAUGUGGAAGAGGAUGGAUGUGUCAUAGAGGAGGACAUGUUUGGUUCGCAAUUGGAUAGCAGAUCUCAGAACAGUUCCCCUGUACGCAGGAGGGCUCAGGAGAGGGCUGGGAGGGUAAGGGGGGUACUGAAUCGUUCCUGCUCUGUCCCAGACUCCAAUAAUCCCCCCACACUCCCGCCAACGCCCCACGAGGAUAUCAGUGUCAAUGUAUCGGACCUCACGGAGAUAGGAGCUGAGGAAUGCAUGGGGCACGGGUCUGUUUGGAGCAAGAGAGGGAAUGGAGAGACAGCCCCUUAUGAGUGCAGUGACUCUAAGCAAUGGGGCUCAGUAAGAGACAAUGAGAUGUCAGAAGGGGACAGACCUUCUCACAUGCCCACAUGUGGUGGUAAAACAGAUUCAGACGGUCAAAGUGGAACACGUGAUGAUCCCACUUUGGCCCGCCCAGCUCAAGACCCAGAAGUGUCGGUUGACUCUGCCUGCAACGUGGCUUUAAACUCAAACCUUUACACUCCAAAUAAUCACAUGACUAAAAGCAUGCUGUGCCUCAAUGAAGAAUCACAAGAUGAGUGGAUCUCUCUGAGGGAUCUACUCACACGGAGUGGGCAGAGAUUGUCUGUGAAUGAGCUAUGGGCCCUGUGUCAUACCUGCCUCUCCACACUACAGACGUACAUAGACUACCCAGCAUACUUAUGUUUGGACACAAUGUACGUGGGUUGUGAGGGAGAGGUUCUCUUUUUGAAACCUAAAAACACAGGAUCCUGCGAUGCAUUUUAUCUGGCCCCUGAAUUCCAGGAGCAUGGAAUCGUAACUGAAAAGGCCUGUGUCUAUGGGGUGGCUGCCAUCCUAUGGGCCACAGCCAAGUUCAAUCUGUCAGCCAACCAAAAACUGGCUAUGCCCAGGAAGUUGAAGAGGCUGCUGCUGGAGAUGGCCAAGAAGACGCCCUUCGAGAGACCAUCCAUUGUCAUAGCGAAAAAGAGCUGUCGUGAUUAUCUAUCAUGCCAAGGAACGAACGCUGAGACAGUGUGGACGAAGCUGAUCAACAGAGUCCACCCGCCACUCACAAAGGACAUUGACGCAGAGGAUCAGAAUGGAUUGGACAGUAGAGGAAGCUCAAGUCAGGAAUCAACACACAUCAUGAGUGGGUUUGUGCCCAUGGCUACUGAGAGCCGAUUGGCUCCUGUUCCUGGCCCUGUUCCCCAUUGCUAUCCAAUCAGUGGAGCCCCCCAGCUUCCAGAGGCCUUCACCUCCCCUGCCACACACUUCACCCCCAUCGUCCUGACCAGGGAGGGGAACACUGAAGAAGAAACUUCCCUGUCUGCUUCAGACAUUGAGGGGACUAGAGGCAGUGAGAUCCAGCCUGUGCAAGAGGCCAAGCACCCAGAAACACCCUUACACCUUGAAGACCUACCCCUACCUCAGUCAGAUAGAGACCUACAGGGCAACGGACAGGACAGCCCUGUCAAUCAAAAGAACGUGGUCACACGUCACUCCUCCUCCACUGCCUCCAGCAGCAGGACAUUGGUCAACUCUCCACCUCCCACCUCCCCCGAACUGACCACCCAAUUGUCUGUGUCUUCCUCUUGCCAAUUGUCAUCCUGCUCUCAUCUGACUGGUGGUGGUGUUUUCAACAACUUCCUCUUGCGACAUGACCCACUAACAGGGGACCUAACCCUGGUGCCGGUGCAGAUAACAGUCGCUGAGUCCCUCCAUGGACUGGAGCUCAAUCUGCCCCUGACCUCAAGCUCCAGCUUCUUCCAGGGUCAACCUACACAUCCAGGGGGCCAUAGAGACCAUCUGACCCCUGGUCAGGGAGCUGAACCCUUGCUGUCUUGCCUUAAUGGAAGCGCUUGCAGCAGAGCCUUGGACUCCUCAGUGUCAAUAUCCCAGCCCCAUAAUGGAGAGGAAGGUCCAAGGACAAGAGAACGUGAGGAUGAACCCCUAUCAGAGUCCCAUGGAUCUCCUCGGGGAGACUCCCAUCUGAAUCACCCUUCCCUACAGGAAGUUAUUGGCCUGCUCAGGGCAGAGUUUGCCUUUGAUGGCUACCUGGAGAAUGGUUUGGAGGAUCUAACAAUGGGGGAGCAUAUCCUGUCUCUGAAGGACCUACAGUACCAGACGUUCUGCAAUGUUGUGAAAGAGAAGUUCUGUGACCUUUACUGGGAUGAGGACUUAUUGGGAGUGCUACACUGUGCGGUCAACCACAGCCAAUUCUCUCUAGGCUCUAACGAAGAGUCACCAUCAAAGCCUUGGCAAAGGGCAUCCACCUCACCCCUGAGCGCUGCUGGCUGUAGAGGGGAGGAGAGGGACGCACCCCGGCAUGGUCAUGUCGACCUGAAUGGCAACCUGCACCACAGUGGACCUGUAGCUUCAGAUGCAUGGGAGAAAUUUCAGAGAGACCAGAGGCCCAUGUCUACAUACAGAGUAACAAAGACUAGACCUGAACAUAGAGAUACCAUAUCAGAGGAAGGUCAACAUAAUGGCUGCCCAGGAUUGAGAGCUGCUGAGUGUUUGGGUAAGGGGGCCAUGGAGAGUGCCGCGCAUCCAGUGGGGGUCAGUGAUGAAAGCCUCCCUGAAGCUGACUCUCUGUGUGGGAUGGACGAGCCACUGAGGGUGGGCCACCUAGGCCAAAUGAGCUGCUCCAAGGACAUGGAGGACACAGAAUCGCUGGUGUUUGAGCGUCUCCUCUCCCCCUGCUCUGGAGCAGAGGUGUCUAGCCACAGCCUCAGCCCAGCCUGGGGCCUGGCCUUCUAUGGAGAAGACUGUUUUAGUCAUGACGUGGUGGAAUAUGCUAUAACCCUGGGACAGCACUGUGAGUCACCGUGCCUGGAGCUGAAAACACAGGAGCUUCAACAGCAGCGCAUGAUCGAGAUGAAGAAUCUGAAAAAGACCCGGAAUUUCUACCAAAAGCUGCUCCACCAAGAGAGAAGAAAUAAAGGUUCGGAGGCUAGAUUGAUGCUGUCCAAACUCAAGGUCCAGCUUGAGGAGUUGAGGUCCAAAGUGGAGUUCCUAGACUGUGUAAAGAAAUAUCUUGAGGUUCUGAGUGUGGAUCAGUGGGGUAUGGAUAUGUCCCUCCUCCCCUCCCUGGCAGCAUCUGGUCCAGGGAGCCCUCUGGAUCUCCAGCCCUCAGAGGAUCCUGCCGUGCUGGGAUUGGUGUCUUUAUCUGGGGCAGAGAGAGGGAAGAGCAGCCUGCAGGCCGCCACACCCCUGGGUCUCAUGUCGUACCUCUAUGCCAGAAAUGCUCCAUUGGAGGGCUACAUCCAACAGUUCCUGUACACAUACCGCUAUUUCUGCACCCCUCAAGAACUCCUUCAGUUCCUGAUGGAAAAAUUCACCAGUGCUGUAGCAGCAGGAGGUGGUCCAAAUGUGUCAGGGGACCGUGCUAAGGUGUACCAUCGGAGUCUGGAUGUGCUGCAAACCUGGCUGACUGACUGCAGACUGGUGGACUUCACCCCCAAGUCCAUCCUGCUGAUCACACUGGAAAACUUCCUCACCAAUGAAGUGUCACCAGUAGACAGCAGAGGAGAGAGGCUUCUGACCACUCUUCAGAGCUAUCCCAGGAGGAGGUGGAGCCAAAGCUGUGGGAGCCCAAUCAGCAUGCAGGAAGAAGAUGAUGCAUUGUCUUCUCAUACCAGAUGCAGAAAAUCCCAUGUUGAGGACUCUGGAAAGAAGAGUUUCCAGUGGAGAAUAUCCAGGGUGGUGGAGCCCCAGGCGACCCAGACCAAAGACCAGGCCUACUCAUUAGCAGCAGCCCUGCCGCGGCCCUGCUACACCUCCCUUAUGGAUGACAUCUCCAGUGCCUGCCUCAGAAGCGAGGAAAGACACCCUUUUAGUCAGAGUGAACACAGCGCCCAACACACGGCACAGCAACUCACUCUACUGCAGCAGGAAAUGUUUCAAGGCUGCCACCCCAAUAAUUUCCUCAACUCUAGAGCUCAAGGAGUCGGGGACAAAGCUUUUGGUGUCACCAAACAUGUGUUAUACUCUAUACCUCCAGUAGAGGGCAGUAGUUUAUUUGUUAAUGAGGAGAUGCCACAGGACAGCCACCUCCAACAGCUACUGAGAUAUGCUGACAGCGUCUCCAACUGGGUCUCUGCUGAAAUUGUCAUCUGUGAUUCGAUAAAGAUCCAAGCGGCUUUGCUCACCAAGUUUCUGUUAAUUGCCAAACACUGCUAUGAAUCGAGAGACUUCGCCACAGCCAUGCAGGUCCUUGGAGGUCUGGAGAAUGUUUUUGUCAGGCAAUUACCCGCUUGGAAACAUCUGUCUACCAAGGUGUGUGAGGUCCUAGAGGAGCUGCGAGCUGUGCAGGUCUUUCUGAAGAGUGAUAACCUGUGUCUGAUGGGAGGGGAUCAUGUGAGGAGGAGACCCACCCUCCCUGCUGCCCACAUCCUGGCCAUGCACAUCCAGCAGCUGGAGAUAGGAGCCUUCACUCUGACCAGCGGUGCCUAUAAGUGGCCAAAACUUAGGACCAUAGCGAAGGUGGUGAGUCAGGUGCAUGCGUUCCAGGAGACAGUGUACUCCUUCACUCCUGACCUGGAGCUGCAGGCCUACCUAAGACUACGCAUCGACCACCUCAGCGGCUGUGACAUCCCCCUGCUGGCUGCCGACAACGAGGCCAACUUCCACCACACCCCCACUGAACGACACACCCGCAGGAUCCAGGACACACUAAAGAGGGUGAAGGCCACCUUCCAAUGAACUACAGCCUUGCCUGAUCUAGGAUCAGAUUUUCCUUUUAGAUCAUAAUGAAUAUGAUGAUAUGGACAGAGGGGACCUGGUCCUAGAUCAGUACUCAUAAUGCUUUAUGAAAUUGGGCCCUGGUCAGACAACUACUCAACAGACCCCAAACCCCCCAUGCCCCACUGAGUUACUUUGGUAGCAGAGACUGGGUGGGUGUCUCUAUUUAUUGGUAAUAACUUUGAUUAGACAUUAUGAGGACGGUCUUAUUUGAACACAAUGACAGAGCCACAUGAAGGCAUUCAAGGUGGAUCAUUUUGACUUCACUCUGAUUGUAUACAGUGAGCAGUCCAGCUCAAUCCCCCACAUUGCACCCCAUGGCAUGACAACCCACUGCACACCUCUAACUCCUUGAUUAUCUCCAAAGUAGAGUACAAAGUCAUCUGAAAAAUAUAAUUGUUUCUUUUGAUAUUAGAGUAGAGAAGAGGAGAAAACAGUAUUGGACUUUUUAAGGGGAAGAACGAUUGGUUCUGUUGGUUGGUUCUGUUGGUCUGACAGAUAUGCUUUUUUACCUGUGAAAAUGUUCAACAACAAACAGAAUGAUUUUGAAUUUUUCACAACAACAUUUCACAACAUCUUUAUCUAGCACUGGUGGAGGCAUAUGGAUCACAUUUCUCUCUCAUGUACACCAUUUUGAUUGCUAGUCUCUAAGACAACACAAUAAUGAUAAUGUUUCAUAAAGAGAUGACAUCAUGUCUUUAAUUCACUGAGCGUUAUGUAUUAUAGCUCAAUUAGAUUUGAAAAGUGAGAUAUUUUGAUAUAACCACAGAUAGGUAAUUACCAUAUUCAACUCUCCAGAUCACCAUCUGAAUGCAUUGCCAAUAGCUACUUGACUUGAUAAUUACAGUAUUUCAAGAUACUAAAAAUGGAUUAAACUCAUGAUGUAAUUUGCUAUUACGGCUAAAUCAGGGAUGGGCAAACUGGAGGGUCGCGUGCCGCACCCCUUUUGUAGUCCCGGGGAUCAAUUUCUAAAUAUAAAUACAGUACCAGUCAAACAUUUGGACACACCAACUCAUUCAAGGGUGUGCAAAGCUGUCAUCAAGGCAAAGGGUGGCUUCUUUGAAGAAUCUAAAAUCUAAAAUAUAUGUUGAUUUGUUUAACACUUUUUUGGUUACUGCUUGAUUCUAUAUGUGUUAUUUCAUAGUGUUGAUGUCUUCACUGUUAUUCUACAAUGUAGAAAAUAGUAAAAAGAAAGAAAAACCCUGGAAUACUGUCUAUAUUGGAACUCAAUCGGGGUCUCUGCUUACUGUUGCGAGGUAGGAUAGUAGAAUAGAUAAGUUCAAUUUCAAAAAUUGGUUGUGCAUCAGCAGUUUUUCUCAGUCACUGAAAGUCACUCAAUUAACCCAUGUCAGCCACCAAAAUAUUUAAUUGGUAAAUUAGUCGAGUGGCCAGCUAUUGAUUUUUGAAUUCACUCUAACUGAAAUAUAUUAAAAAACUGCAAACAUUUCUCUCCACCCUAUAGCAAAACGUGUAGAAGACAGCUAAAGACAGCUCCGACUACAUGUGUGGGUAUGGAUGUGGGUGCUCAAGCCACUGAGGCCCCUCAUGAGUUCAGAUUAUUUGUGGCCCCCACCCCCAUCAAAGUUGCCCAUCCCUGGACUAAAUGAAUGCAAAUGCCUGAAUAGUUGCUAUAUUUUUUUCUAAAACGAACUGUGUUCAUGUUGGAAUGAAACUACAGUAUAAGCUACAAACUGCUGCAUAGGCACGCUUGCAAAGAUGACAUUUGUGUGAUUUGUAAACAAAUUGAAAUGAAUCGUCUGAAACAUCAAAGAUUACAAGGUAGCUUACUUUGAAUUUUUUAAAUCCUUGACAUUGUGCAAGGAGGCAUGCAUUUGUAACUACUGCACUUACUUAAUUACCAUAUAGGUUAAAUACAUCAUUUUAAUGGCAAUUAAUAUAACUUAAUAGGAUGUCAAUGUGUUAAAUAUGUUCGUAUGAUUAUGCCUAUUUGUUGUAUUUUACCACAUAUGUUCAUAUAUUUUCUGACGUAAACAUUUCUUUCACGAUGUUAUAUCAAUAAUCAACCAAGGACACGGAUGUGGCCUACCAUGCUCAAAAUGUGUAGCAAACUCAAUCUAUUAAAAGUAUGUAUUAUAGAAGUGUUGUACUUAUAUUGUUGUAUGCAUUUAUAGAAAUACAGCAUUAUAAAUAUACCUGAUCACUGAAGAUCAGAGAGGAGAGCUUAUCACAGUGGCAGACUCACUGUGCGCGUGUGUUGGUGUGUGAAAAUUGGGCUUCCGAAUUGUCUCGGACUAUAAAUAGGGCCUUGCCACAGAGGCGAGGAAACGCUUUGUAUGGAGGGGACUUCCCCGGCGGCAUCCCGUGAGGACCAGACAGCUUCCGUUGUUAUCUGACGGGACCAGGGCGCAUCUUCAAAGCACACGAGAUAAAGGGUCGUAAUUGGGAGGCCAAGCCUUCACACGAACAGUCAGAUCAUUGACAAAGGAGACAUUCAACAUAUCCUUAUCUGCAUUGUCAUAGCUAAGCGAUCCUUUUUAGGGUUAUUGUCCGACAGAUGCUGGGGGAAUUACCAUCUGAAGAGGCUGAAACACUUGAAAGGUUUCACGUACAGAGAAAGGACACCCGGCAACAUUGGCCUGGUUGGAUCAUUUGGGUUGACCAACUUUCGUCAACGUCCCAUUUCCUGAUUUUUUUGGGGCACAUUCUUUUUCCAGAACAUGCCAUUUUGGAUAGGCAUGUUUGGGGAUGCUUUACUCAGUAGUAUGCAUCACCAAAAAUGUAGCAAUUCUAGACGUUUUUCAGACUUAUUUACAGCUUGCGCUCCACGAUUUACAUUUCAACUGGCAGACAAUUGUGUUGCUGCUGUAAUACCUUUGAUCUGUAAUGUUUCAACCGACUGAGCCAAAUGCGGGUUGUUGGACCAGCAUUUGGCCCCAGUGCUCACCGGGGUAUCAAAGAUGUUAAUAUUAAACCAUAAGAGCAGUU